GAAAUUAAAGCGAACAAAUUCGAGAAGAUAGAUGGGACGUGGGAAUAGCAGAAGAAAAAAUAUUCAAGAUUGAAGAUAUGAAAUGGCGAAGGAAGAAAAUUUUAAAAGCAAGUUAAAAAACUUAUUUGGCAUUAAGGAGAGGAGCAGCACUGCAGCCUUUCAUAGACCUCAUACAAAGGAAUUGCUGUUCACGCCUGAAAUAUUAAAAGACAUUGGACCAGAGAGCCCAGCCAACAACAGACUCAAAACAAUCAAAGAAUUGACUGAAAUUGUGCUGCAAAAGAAACUAGAAGAAAAUGCGAUAGAAGCAUUAUGGUUUAGCGUGAGAGAUCUGCUGGAUCAUUCAGUAAAACCAGAAAAUCGCCACACAGCACUCCAUUUUCUUCAAUGUCUUGUUCAAGGCCAGCUUCAGUACUUGGGCAUUCUUAGAGCACAUUUCUUUCGAGUUAUCAGACAACUUGAUGCACCUAGUGACCUGCAGUACAGGUUGGGAUUGUUCAAAAUUUUAAGUGAGAAUGGGAGAAAUUUGCAAGAGUUUGAAGAAUCAGCAGGUCCAUUUUUGUUGGAGUGGAUGCCAAGUGUCGUAAACUCGGAAAAACUUGGAGAAUUUCUUACCCUCUUGAUCCACGUCAUCAAGUACAAUGCUGCAUACCAGGAUGAAGAAGUGGUGGCAGGCAUAGUCAAGAACACUUGUGCGUUGUUGAACAGGAGGAGACGAGAGGAGGAUGUGACUCUAUGUUUAGAAGUCCUGGAUGCCGUUCUCUGCUACAGUUACCUACCAACAGAAUGCCUUAUGAAUUUCAUCUCUGCUCUAUGUCACACCGUCAACAUCUCAAAGUUUUCACAGUCAAGCUGGGAGUUGAUGAGAAAAUUACUGGGCACACAUCUGGGCCAUAGUAGUAUAUACAGCAUGUGUUGUAUGAUGCAAGAUGUCAAAAAUGUCCAGGAUCAGGAGUUGUUACGGGGAGUGGUGUAUUUUGUCGGCAUGGCCUUGUGGGGAUACAGAAAAGUUCCUACUCUCAAGCAUACUUUCUCCUCUGUACUGCCGUCUUUCUUGCAGGUUUUACACACCAAUAGCUUUAUAGUGGCCCAUGAGGUGGUGCUGAAUAUUCAGAGACUGGUGAAGAAAUAUGGCAAAGAACUUCAGCAUGUGACCUGGCAUGUUGUGCUGGAUAUACUGGAGAAACUGCUUAAACUGAUAGAGAACCCUUCAUUUGCUCAACAAGCUUGUGAUCCAAGGCUUCAAGCUGACCUCCAUGACAUUCUAACCAACAUAGAGCAGCUACAUGCCCAGGGACAGUUUUCAGGAUGUAUUACUCGAUUUUUCAAAAUCAUAGAAAUGUGUGCCAACAAAAGACCAGAAAGUUCUGUGUCUCUACUGAUAGAACACCAAGCACAACAAAUUAACCCUGCUAAGGAAAAUUGGGUCACUCAUUUAUAUCAGCUGCUGGAAAAAUACUUCAAGAAUGAAACCAGAACCUUCAUAAGAGUUAAAGCUCUCGACAAGCUCUCUCUAGUACUCAGUAUCAACAGACAUAUCCAUGAGGAUGUGUUGAUAAACCGAGUAGUGUUGCCCCAUCUGUGCCAUAUUGAUACUGACAAUGACCCCCAGGUCAGAAAGGUCGCAGCUGACAUGUUGCUGUUGCUGGCUAGUGGAUGUAGUCCUUCAUGUUUUGUGGAAAUAAUGGAAAUCAUAGAAAAGUUAAUAAGUAAACCCCUGAUGGCUCGUUUAGCCUCACCUUAUCCAAAGGUCGAGGGGUCAGAUGUCAUCCUGCAGCUUGAGGAGAACCAGUUAGAAGAUGUGAAAACAGCCAUGCUAGGAUUGGUCGAGCUCUUCAAGCAAAAGUUAUACACAGAUCCUUCUAGUCAAUGUUUAAAGAUUUAUGACCUGUUAGUGAUGCACAUGAAGCAGCAGUACACGGAACCAAAGAAAUUUUCCAGUCACACUGCAGUACAGAUCAGGAAAAACGUAGUUGAAGUUUUGCUUCUGAUGAGAGCAGACAAUUUGUACCGGCUUGGCUUUCUGGACAAGAACAUUGAUGCCCACCUGGCAUUUAGUCCUUACCUUAGUUGUGAAGAAAUUCAACCUCAGUUCUGUGACACUAAGGAUGAGAACAGUUCCAUUCCUACACACACAGUGGCAUUUCUGUGGUCCGAGUCUGCGUACCUGGACUACGAGAAGUCGUUCAGUGUAUUUCUGUCAUGUUUAGAAAGUGACACAGACUGGGAAGUGCUGGAGCGGGUCCUGGUCAAUCUACCAUUACUUUUACAGAACAAAACCCUCAUAUUGUCAGGGAAGCAUGACCUUAUUAAUUCCUUGUGUCAUCAACUCUGUGCCAUGGUGAAUGAUCGACUAUUGAAUUUCCCUGAGAAACUUCAUGGCACCCCAUCAGGAAGGUUCACAAGGUCAGAUUUCCACACGUUUGUGUUUCCGGUAUUGGCUUCCAUGGUGUCCUACCACAGAUAUUUAGACAAAAACCGAGCAAGAGAGAUGAUUAAGUGCUUGGAGUUUGGAUUGGUGUCUAAGUGUGCCAAGACUUGCACAAACUCGCUGAGGAUUUGUACUCUGGAAAUGCAGGACGUUAUGAUGCGAUUGUUACCUUCUGUCUUACUGCAGCUGUCGAAAAUCUCCGCCACGGUCCAUAUGGCUAUACCAGUACUGGCAUUCUUAUCAAGUAUUGUCCGGAUUCCUCGGAUGUACGCUAACUUUGUAGAGGAGGAGUACCUCAGUGUGUUUGCUAUAGCUCUACCCUACACCAAUCCAUUUAAAUUCAGCCAUUACACUGUGUCGUUAGCUCACCAUGUCAUAGCCAUUUGGUUCAUACGAUGCCGACUCCCCUUUAGAAAAAGUUUUGUCAAAUUCAUCCAGAAGGGAUUACAAGCUAACAUUAUACAACAGUUUGAAGAAAACUCCAUUAUCCAUCAGCAACAGAAUCAAAACCAGGACUCCAGUGACCGGAGUCGAUCCAACAGCUUCAACGAGGCUGCUUAUAGAAACCGCAGAAGGAUGUAUUCUGGAUCUGCCGUUUCUCGUCAAAAUUUGCAGGCCCCUGUAGAUAACAAACUCUCUCAGUAUCAUUAUGAGCUAACAGAGACCUGUCUAGAUGUCAUGUCACGCUACACAUAUGGAAACUACAGUGCCAUUCCUACACGGUCACCAGUGGCUGAAUUUUUGCUGAAUGGUGGACAAUCACAAACAUGGCUGUUAGGAAACAAAGUGAUUACUAUAACAACAAGUGGAGGUGGAGGAAAUAAAACAAACAACACAGGCCUGUGUGACAAAUGUCUGGCUCUGUAUCAGAAUGAACCUCCUGAAACAAAACCAACUCCUCCACCCACUUCUUCCAACAGGAGGCGCCACAAGUCGGCCUUUGUUGCUCGAACUUCAUCCACAAUAGAGAGCAGGGCAAGUGCAGAUGAUAUUGGGAUUCAGUCCAAAUUGUCAUUUGAUGAUUUACUUGACAAUCCAGAUAGCACUGUGGAACAGGAUGUUGGCACACAGACUGGAUCAUCCCUCUCAGAUCACACUCCUGCAAAACUUGGUCUUGAGACUGAGGCUAUGGAGGCUUUCCUAAUGGGGAUUCAGAGGAAGCAUUCCUCUGAUGGCCGUGUGUUCCAGCGUAACAUGUGUGCUUGCUGGUGUUCUGGCUGGGCAGAGAUAUUUAUAAGGGGGCCCAGUGGUAACAUAGCGUGGAUGAUUAGAAUUGAAAAUGACCUGUCCCACACAUCCAUGCAGGAGUCGCAGGCCCCAGACAUCACCAUGUUGUUUGCAUCUGUCCAGAAGAAGGAGCCAGACCUAGAAAGCCUACACAGUCGGAUUGACAGUGGCAGUAUCGGAGAGGAUGAGUACGAGUCACUAUACGAUCAGCACUUCCCAUCAGACCAUAGUCAAGAUGGAGACCACUCUAUCAGGAUUAGUAUAGAGGAUGAGGCGGAAGAGGUUCACAUGAAAGAGAUAGAGAUUUCUGAGGAAGAAAAGAAGGAAGAGGAGUCGAAUCUAAAUGGACUGCCUAUUCCCAACUCUUCAUUAAGCAGGGAACAAUUAAAGUUCACCUCUGUACAGCGAAGCAACUCCUCCCCAUCCCUGCUUAGUUCCAGUGGUGAGAACCUUGACCCAAGAGACAGUCAGUCAGAAAUUGUAGUGAUAGACAAUUUGAUAGCUGAUAGGAAGGAGGAGAUUAUCCAUGACAAAUCUGAUGGCUCCUUACUGUCAUCCAAACUUCAACAGCCAGAGGAUCUUUCCAUCAAUCCUCUUUCCAGGCAGGAUCGUGUUGCUUCCCCUGCCAGCCCCUCACCAAGCUCAGAGUCUUCCUCACUGCAUGAUGAAGUGAAAGAACUGCCCGACUUUCGAAAGGCUAGAGGCCAUACAAUAUCUGUGGUCCAGUCAGGGAGGGAAGGCCUGAGGUCGGCCGCCCGGUCAAGCAACAAGGAUUCAGGCAGAGGGGGCAUCAGCCCCAGCUUUGUGUUUCUACAGCUAUACUAUGAUGGAGUGUUUAAUUCUGCGACAAGCAAUGCUUCAGCCCCAAUCAUUAUUCCACAGAAUGAGACCACUGCAAGAGCUUUGAAGAUGAUGGAUCACAUUCAUCCUUAUGAGACUCAUAAGAUUGGUGUCAUUUAUGUGGGACCUGGACAGAUAAAUGAUGAGAAGGGUAUUCUGUCCAAUCAGUACGGUUCUGAGCGCUAUGCAGCCUUUGUACAGGGACUUGGACAACUACUAAACCUGUCAGACUGUAAACCAGACCGUGUGUACAUUGGGGGGCUGGAUUGCCAGGGUAGGGAUGGAGAGUUUGCCUACAGCUGGCAGGAUGAAUCCAUGCAUGUGAUUUUCCAUGUGGCUACACUGAUGCCAAACAGGGAGGGUGACCCUAAUUGUAAUGCCAAGAAGUUACACAUAGGAAAUGACUAUGUUACCAUUGUAUACAAUGACAGCAAUGAUGACUACAAGAUUGGAGUAAUUAAGGGUCAGUUUAACUAUGUCAACAUUGUGAUUCGCCCCCUUGAUCAUGAGAGCAAUGCUGUAACCUUACAGGCCAAAGAAGAUUUGAAGGAAACAUUGCCUUUCAAAGACAGUAUAACAACAGACAUAGCAGACAUCUUGGGGCACAAGGAUACGAAAGUCAUAUCUGAUGACAACUUGGCUGCACUGGUCAGGCAGAUAGCGGUCAACUGUGAUCUUGCCUCCCUCGUCCUUCAGAGGCAACAGUCACAACCCCAGGAUCCAUUUGCCUCCAACUGGCUGGAGCGACUUCGUCAAAUUAAACGACUGAAAGCCAAGGUCCUCAGCAGCACUGACAAACAGACUCUUAGUGACAUCAUGGUGUGAUAAGCUCAGCUUUUCCUGCAGAAUUGAAAUUUGUAUUAUGUACUGUGAGCAGUCAGCAUCAUCAAAUGUUUUUGAUCCUAGUAUUGUAUAACAAAGAUGAUCCAGUUUUUGUAACCCAAAUGAAACAGCUGGUACGUGAAGUUCAAAACAGACCAUCCACAAUAAAGAUUUUGCUUCAGCAGUAGAAAUACCAUCGAUCCCAUGGGUUUCACACAAGCAGUGCAUACUAUGAGUUCCACACAAGCGGUGCAUACUAUGAGUUCCACACAAGCGGUGCAUACUAUGAGUUCCCCACAAGUGGUGCAUACUAUGCAAAAAGAUGUUAUCAUCAUUGACUGGAUGAUUACCAUCAGUUGUAGACGAUGAAAUCAGUGAUAAGAGGCAUUACUAUAAUGUACACAUAAUACAAAUUUCUGAUUUUCUUGAGGAAUAUAUGUAAACAAAUUUAAUAUACAGUUAAGCCAGUCUAAUCCAACACCAAAAUAAUUUGUCUCAAUUCCAACCUUGAUAAUUCCGAGUCCUCUCUUUUCCAUUCUCUUCACCAUGCAGUCUGCCCAGUCUAAUCCAACACCCUGGUUUUCCAAGGAGUCUAUGAUUAGACAGGUUUCACUGUAUUUAUCUAAUUGUGUUAGUGACAUGACUACUGAAGUUUAACAUUUUUAGGAAAGUGUGACAUGAAAUAAAACUGGUAACUGGAGUAUUGCUAGAUGAGAGAGUAAUGUUUGGAUUUAUAUGAGACAUCUUUUCAUGAACAAAAGCUAAAUCAACUAUCCAUGCUGUAAAUGACAAACUAGGUUGAUAAGAAUAUUUUUUGUAAUUUUUUGGUAGAAAUUCUGUGCUGUUGAAAUAAUUUGAACAAACUCCAUACAAUGAAUUUCAUUUCCUGUCACAAUUUACUGAGAGGGAAUAGGGUUAAAAUUGGGCUUUUUAGGUUUCUUACCUUCAUGCAGUGUUGGUUUUGUUUUGUUUUUUAAUUAUUAAUUAAUGACUCAAAGUAUAAACUUUGAUUCAGCAAAGACUGCAUCCUGCUUUUUUUUUUUUUUUAUAUAUAUAUAUACAUGUACUUUAUAUACACACUUCUUGAAAAGAUGACAAGUUUCAUUUUAACAACAAUUGAAGUAUUUCAUACAAGUGUACUGAAAUAAGCAGAUUUGAUGACUCAAGGUGUUCCUAUGUAGGUUGUAAUAUUAAAUCAUACUGUGUUGUUGAAGAAAUGUAAAUCAACAUUUUGGAAUGUACUUCUUUUUGUUUAUUGCUGUACUUCAUGCCCAUUUACUUUCUCCUCGCUUUGUAAAGAUGAGUGGUAAAAUUUACUUUCUCCUCGCUUUGUAAAGAUGAGUGGUAAAAUUUCCUUUCUCCUCGCUUUGUAAAGAUGAGUGGUAAAAUUUACUUUCUCCUCACUUUGUAAAGAUGAGUGGUUAAAUUUCCUUUCUCCUCACUUUGUAAAGAUGAGUGGUUAAAUUUCCUUUCUCCUCACUUUGUAAAGAUGAGUGGUUAAAUUUCCUUUCUCCUCACUUUGUAAAGAUGAGUGGUAAAAUUUGUCCGGGAUGUAUAGUCAGUGCAGAGGAUGAAGUAUAAGUAAUCAGACCAUAAAUCACUUAACUUAUUUUCAUACAAUGAUGGCAUUGUUGUAUAUAGAUGUAUAUUUAAUGAGGUAAGGAAGCCAAGUUAAUACUGUUUGCAUUGUACAUGUACCGGGUAUAUGAAUUUUAGAAUGACACUGUUUUCAAAUGAAGUUUAAUUUAUGGGUGCCAUUCUGUUAUGAUUUUCUUAAUAUAUCUAAAAUAUUUGUUGAUAUACUGUAUAAGUGGAAUUUUCAGUGAGGCUCAAAUUUAGCGAUUUUCCCAUAAAAAUGGGUAUAUAUAAAUGUAUAUUUAGAGAGAGCUAAUAUUAGCAACUAUUAUGAUUCCAAAAAAGAUAUCUAUUACCUACAAUAAGGAAUAAAUUGUUAGCGAUAUUGAAUUUUAUUAUAUACCCAUCAAUGUUUCGUUUUUUGAUAAUGUGGAUUCCACAGAAUGUGGUUUUCCGGAUCACCACACUGUGGUUUUCUGAUUCCGUAUCAGUAUCCUCUGAAACUGAUAACGUCACAAUGCAUCAAAGCAACGUUUUUAAUGGAAUAUUGACCGCGUCACAAACAAAACUGCAUACACAAAAUAUAAUUUCACUGUAUGUCUGUAUUUUUGAUAAUUUGGAUUACAAUUAGUAUCUUUUAAAUGUGGAUUUAAAAUGCAUAAGAGGGUAUAUAAUAAAUUUAUCAUUACUACAGUAAUUUGAUCUGUUGACAGGCACGGAUCAUCAGAUCAAACUCGACGCUUCGCGUCUAGUGUGAUCUGAUGAUCCGCGCCUGUCAAAUCGAUGUGAUCCGACUCUUCGGAUCAAGUUACUGUAGUACUUAAUAUAUAUUUAGCAAUCUCAACACCCUCACUGAUAAUGCCAAAAUUAAAUCCUCGCUAAAAAUUCUGUGUAUACAGUAUUGGAAUUUCUAAUAAUCAUACUUUGAAAGUGAUACAUGUAUUUUCAUUUCUUCAUUGUAUGCAUUUUGAAAAUCAUAUCAGAAUUUGAUCAUACAGUAUGAUUUGCGUUUUGACAAGUCAUAUCAGAAUUUGAUCAGUAUGAUUUGUAUGAAUAUUUGCUUAAGGAGGUUUUUUACACACUAAACAAAAAUUUCAAAAAUAAAAUAUACAGGAUUUGCAUUAUUAAUACUGUUGUAGUUUUGGAAAUUUUCAAAUUUUGUCACAUGUUGAAAGAAUUUGCAAUUUUAGUGGGAAAAAUCAUUGAGAUAAAAAUUAUAAACCCUGUGCAACUUGAACACACAAUCUAUAGAUUGCCAGCUUAAUGCCUUAAAUCCACUGAGCUAACCAGAUAGGUGAUGCAUUUAAAAGGAUAGAGAACAUUAUUACUGAUUUAAUUUUUGUAUUGAUUUGUUUGAAAAAUUGUGACAUGUAUUCCUCCUUAAAGGGACAUGGACACGAUUUGAGCUGAAAAUUUACAAAUUUUAUAUUUUGAUUUUUAACUAAGGUAUUACUAAUGAUCAGCAAAAAUUUGAAUGUCAGUAGUCAAGGUACAUGGGAGAUACAGAGGUCACGAGUCGUUGUUAUGUAAACAAGGCUCUUGUAAUGUUUUUGUUUACAUAGGUUAAAUAAACUAGUAAAUGUUUCUUUUAAAGCAGAUUUUUUUUUUUCAAUUCAUAAGUGAAUUCUUAACACAAUAAAUAGUUUUUAGUGCUUGGCACAUCUCCUUUUGUGUUAAACACGCUAUACAGUCUAAUGUAAACAAAAACAUGGCACGAGCCUUGUUUACAUAACAAAGAAUUGCGAGUGCUGUAUCUCAGUUAUAACUCAACAGCUGAUGUUCAAAUUUUGGUUGACCAUUAGAAAUACUUUAGUUAAGCAUUGUAAACAAUGGGGAAAAAAAUUAAAAAAUUUUCAGGUCAAAUCAUGUCCAUGCCCCUUUAAUGUUGUUCAGAUAUUUUUCCAUACUAUCGGGUAUCAUGUCAAUAACCACCAUAACAUUUAAGUGAUUGACACUUAUACAGUGUUCAAUUUCAAUGCUUUACUCUACUUCUAGUCAUGUUGUGCCAGUAAUUUAAUCCAAAUGACUGAUUUGACUGCUUGCUCUCUACUGUAUUAAUGAACUGAUAUGUAUUGCCACCUGAACUAUAGCUUAUUCAGAGUGGAAAAUUUUGAUAUAACGAUAUGACAGCCCCCAAUGAUACAGUUACAAGUAUGAAUAUUUUGUAAAUUAGGAGUAGAUUGCUCAAUGUAUAAGCUAGUCUGCUAAUGUAUGGCAUAAUUACCAGUGUAUGGCCAUGAAGGUACUGAUUAAGCCGAUGAGGAAUGUUUUGCCCAGUGUCAUAUGUAGCAUGUUUUAUUUACCAUGCCAAAAAAUUUACAUGUGGACCAAUAUUCUUGGUCUACAGAGUGGCUUGUACACCUUAUAGUAAAUGGAUUCAUAUUAUUUGAUGAAAAUUCUACAAAGUGGAAUUAUCGAAUUGAAGUUUCUGACUUUGUGUUUAUAGCAUGAUGUAACCUGAUCUUCCUACUGAGAAAUUGAAUGUUUUCAUUUCAUUAGAAACCAACAAUAUUUUUGUAAUAAGAUUGUUUGUAUGACAUACACUUACCAGAGAUUUUGUCAGCUGUGAAAUUUUUGUUUUUAUUUUUUUCCAUCUUAAUUUUCUUCUAUCUUGGCUUGUACUGGUGUCAUUUUGAUACUAUUAAAACCCCAAAAGCAUUCAUGAAAUAAAAGUGUUCUGCAAAUUUA